AUGGCAGAGCCAAGUCAGACCGAAGCAGUUGCCCACGGUAGCAUGGCCAGUGUAUCAACGAUUGCCAUUCCGUUAUUUGCGACGACACAUACGCACAGUGAAUUGGCAGACAGUAUCCAGUCUACUGCUGAUGCCACUUCAACCGCUAUUCACAUGACUUGUCCUGAAUAUCACCAGCAAUCUCAAACAGAUGCAGACAUUAUGAAUCAAACUACAGACACCACCUUCUCUGAGAAUAGAAUUUAUAGACAGAAACAAGCCCCUUUCAAAUGCAGAGACUGCAAUAAGACAUUUGCCAGAUCAGACGUCUUGAGGCGCCAUAGGAAUGAAAAGCACGCCGCAAGAAUAGACGAGUACCUCUGCCCAAGCAUGGGUUGUAAGAAGUCUCAGAAGGGCCACGGAUUCAAAAGGCGUGACAAAUUGAAAAAACAUGAGAUGAAUUCAUGCAAGGGCCGAGUGCGGGCAAUUUCUUGGAACCAGAGCUCGGCAAGCACUUCAACCAUGACUGUCUCCACGCCCGAUGAUACUACAAACGCCCAUUCUAUUCAUCAAGAGAGCAGCCCCGUUGCGAGGGCAGACGACACAGCGAUAUCAAGUGUCAUAACGUUGCAGAAUCAAGAUGUGAUCUCGAAACUGCAGACGCGCUCCCGAACGGAGGAGGAGGCUCUUCUCAGAAAGGAAAAAGAGUGCCAAGGCGGACGCGAGCGCCUUGCUAGUCUUCACACCGUUAUUAGACUAUACGAAAAUGAACCUCUUUUGAAUCAAGGUAUUAUCUUAGUUCUACAACGACGCUGCCGUGCUGAGGAAGACGCUAUUUCGAUCAAGGAGGAGGAAAGUCAAGAGAUGCGCAAGCACCUUGCUAGUCUGCACGCGGUCAUUGAACUAUAUUAA